GUUCGCGUUUAGUCGUGACCGAACUUGACCAUCACGAGGUUCUCGUCGUCACCCAUGUUAUAUCGAAUGCCCCCACCUAACGUGGUCGAUACCGCGCGUACGCGUGAACACAACUUCGUCGGUCGCUGAUACCUAUAUACUCACUAUUAUUUUUUUUAUCUCCCCUUGCACAGAAUCGCGUGUCUUAUAUUAUAGUAGUUGACGCCAACAAUAAUUAAUUUCGCAGUGCCAUCGUAUUUCUGUAUAUUUAUGACGUACAAAACAUAGUUACCAGACUUGACGUGAUGUGAAACACCAAUAGAUAUUGUCUCUUCCAAUCGAUUCCUUCGCCGCCCCGAGACCGAGAUGAUGACACUGCGACGCCACCUGUCGUUGGCCCUAUGCCUCGCCCUGUUUUGCGUAGUACAAUGGACCUACGGUUCCAAGUUGAAGAAACAGCAGGAGACGACCAUGAUGAAGUUCAUCAAGUUACUGUUCUAUAGGCUGAUUUACGGCUUCGCCAAUAUGAUCGGGUUGGGUGACGCGGCCGAAGAAUUCGGCGACGGUAUGCUGGCCCCUGCGGAUUACCGACAAGAAGACGCGGAGGACGACUAUUACGACGACAAUAAGAACGACGAUUAUUACAGUAACUACGGAGAGUAUUGAUGCCGAGACCGAAACGAACCCUCCAACUACGCUUAUCACGUACACCUACCUGUUUUAUAAAAUACCAACAACUACACAAUAUUAUGAUAUUAUAUUAUCAUCUUAUGAUUUUUAGUGUCUAAUUGUGUUGUUGCUGAUUCAUAUAUAAGCCGUAUACCUAUGCAUUAAGUCCAUUAAGACACAUAACAAGUUAUGAAAAAAUAUGUUUUGUGUCUGAUAGUUUCCUCGUACACAUAUUUAUUUUUAUAAUAUUUAUUUAUUUGCGUGGAUUGAUGGGUUUAUACAUAGUAAAAAAUAAAACACAUAAACAAUAAGCAAAACUCCCUGUAAGCCUCUAUGGCCUCUAUAAAUUGGGAGAGUUGAGUUGAGUUAUUAAACUCAGGUAAACAAUUAUGUCAUAUAUUAUGUACCUAUGCCAGAAAGAAUAAAACAAAAACUAACAAUUAACAAACUAAUGAACCAAAAAAAAUUUUAAAAAUAUAAAUAUUUGCUCAAACAUUGUCAAAGUCUAGAUUAUAUUAUAAUAAAAAAAUUUAAAUUAAUUUAAACUCUUGAAGUUACAUCAAUUAAUGUUAAAUUUUUUACUUCCAUAUUUUGAGCCUACAAUCAAUAUACAUUGAGAUCCAAAAUUGUAUCCUGAAACAAUAUUAACAUACCAUGUUAGUAUUAUUUAAAAUAAUUUUUUUUUUUUACUGACAAAUUCAGACCUUUAUGAAAACGGUUUUACUAUUUUCUGAAAAAUUACGUUUUUGCAGUGGCUUUUGAAAGCGGAAUAUACAUCUCACUAUUAAAGGUACCUUGUAGGCUGUGGCCAUAGGCCGCGGAAAUCCAUUGAUAUUUCUGACGGGCUUAAUUAAUUUAAAAAAAAAACAAAUGACCUUGUACAAAUGAUAUGAUUAAAGGUGUCAAAACAAUUUUUUUUUUUUAUUUGUAUUUUUCUAUUUUUAAAUAGUUUUUAAGUGUUAUAUCCUGCCACGAUAUGGGUUUUCGUGUUUAUUAUUUAGAUAAAUUACAUUCUUGCUUAAUGCUUUAGAUAGUAUUGUAAUUUGUAAGUAAUGUUAAUUAUUGUAGUACAUAAUAUACCUUAUAAUAUUAUUAUAAGUAUAGGUACUUACCUAAGUAUUAAGUUAUAAUAUAUUAUAAGUUAGUAUACUUACUUAUAUAUUUUAUUAUCUUUAUGUAUAUACAUAUACAAGUGCAUAAUAUCUCGUCAAGUUAUCUAUACAGUCUUAGCAUCUCCAGAAUGUCAGAUUUGAUUGUUCACACAUAAUUGUUGACACAUAAGACAGGCAGUCCUUCUAUACUUUCUACACCACAGCAUCCCAAAGUCUACAGGUUUAAAGACGAAUUGCAUACUUGAAAUGAAUCUGCAGGUUUCGUAUUUCAUAUUUUGAUUUGAUAUAUUUUAUCGACUGCAGUUAUUCACUGUAAUUGCAUAAUAUGCGCAUGCGUACUUAUCCAUACUACGCGUUUGUUUUGUAACAAGCCGUUUGCAGAAAUUUGACUUUUGAGGGAUGUUUAAAAAAAUGUAUUUAAACAUUUAGACAUAUUGACUGAUAUAUACAGCUCCUGUCCAUCAUUUUGCUUCCUAGGUACACUAUAAUGUUAUAAACUUACAAUAAUAUGUAUGUAUUUUUAAUUAUAAUAAUACCUAUGUAAUAAUAUAUAUUGUACCAUAUACCUAAUUUAUUUUUUGUAAUAAUGACAUUUUAAUAUUAUAAAAAUAAAGUUAUAUUCAGACAGACGUCUGCUGCAGACA